UGUCAACACUCCAGUCAGUCCAAUUCAAAGUGGGCUGACGUUUCAAUGCCGGUUGUAUUUUGAAUUCUGACUUGUGCAAUUUCCUUCAGUUUUUCUAAAAAGUCAUUAAAAAAAUGGAAUCAAAACUGACACGUUAUGAAAAAAUAGACUUCCUGGGAGAAGGUCAAUUCGCUACUGUCUACAAGGCUCGUGACACGGUCACUGAUAAAAUCGUGGCCGUGAAGAAGAUAAAGAUCGGCAGCCGUGAGGAGGCACAGGACGGCAUCAACCGGACGGCGCUCAGGGAAAUCAAACUCUUGCACGAGCUGCAGCAUGAAAACGUGAUUGGCUUGUUGGAUGUCUUCGGGCACAAGUCAAAUGUUUCACUGGUUUUCGACUUUAUGGACACCGAUUUGGAGAUCAUCAUAAAGGACCCGAAGAUAGUACUGACACCGGCUAAUAUUAAGGCGUAUAUGCUUAUGACGCUGCAAGGUCUCGAGUAUCUACAUCUCAACUGGAUAUUACACCGCGAUCUAAAGCCCAAUAAUUUGCUGGUCAAUUUCCAAGGUGUCCUGAAAAUCGGUGAUUUCGGUCUUGCAAAAUUCUUUGGCUCUCCAAAUCGAAUUUACACCCACCAAGUAGUCACUCGAUGGUAUCGUUCGCCCGAACUUCUCUUUGGAGCGCGUCAAUAUGGAACCGGUGUCGAUAUUUGGGCUGUUGGAUGCAUUCUCGCCGAACUAUUACUACGUGUGGCUUUCUUGCCGGGCGAGAGUGAUUUAGAUCAGUUGACGAAAAUAUUUCAAGCUCUUGGGACACCAACCGAAGAAACCUGGCCUGGGCUGAAAUCCCUACCGGACUAUAUGCAGUUUAAGGUUUUCCCUGGGACACCAUUGCAGCAUAUAUUCACAGCCGCCCCGGACGAUUUAAUUCAACUAGCGGAGAAGUUGUUAGCGAUCUACCCCCUGAAUAGGUGUUCCUGUACAGAAGCUCUCAAUAUGCCGUACUUUUCGAAUAAACCAGCACCAACUGUGGGCAGUAAGUUGCCAAUGCCAACGUCUCUGGUGCAAAAAGUUCAAGAAGAGAAGCCAAGCUUAAAGCGCAAAUUGCUGGAAUCAAUGGAGGGUGCGACGCUACCGAAGAAGUUACUGUUUUAGGUGAAAGAGGAAAGUGAUGUUAUGUACUUUAAUGUUUUUUUUAUAUUGUAUUUAAAUUAACGCUGAAUAAUAAUGUUACGGUUUAGAA